UCACACAUUCUGCUGAAUUGUCUAUUACAGAAUCCAUCUCCUUUUCUGUCAUUUUUCCCCCCACUAAGCGUUGAGUAGAAAGAAACCAAUGUGUUUGCCAGCAGUGACAGUUCUCAGUUCUCCGGCUACCUUUGUCUCCCUCCAAGUGUUGCUUGUGCUGUUUCCAUUGUUAAUAUGACCACCAUGCCUAGUGAAGUACAUUCAGCCCCUCUGCUACAACAGCGUUCUGCUCAUGCUGUCCUGGGAUGUGACCUUGUAGUUUGGUUACAGCCCAGUAACGGCCAUGUUAAAAUGGAGCAGCUGUCUCUUGGGAGUUUGAAAAAAAGGAAGGGGGGUUGGAAAGGGAUGUGUGUGAAGGAGGAGGAAAAACCCCACCCAUUCCUUUGGAAUCAGUUCCCAUCCAGAGUCAGACACACUCUCAGAGCCCUGCCAUGGCUUGAGGGAGGAAACCAGGGUUUGAUGGAGGGGAAAAUAGAUUACUGAGAUUACUAAGAAAUGAAAAAAAAGACAGUAAGUAGUGACAUCUUAAGAGGAGAACAGAUUUUAAAAAACAAAGCAAGAAAAACUGUCUAGGAUAACUAAAGACAGCAGUAGGAUUAGCAUACAGUAGGGACUAGGCAGUGCCAAUCAUCUGCAGUGCAGACAGAUGUGAUGUAACAUUUUCCCUGAAGCAGAGUCUCCCAGUGAUGGCUGCCUGACGAGGGCUGACGACGACUGACGUGUGUGUGUCGAGGGAGGAGGAAGUGUCGGCUCAGAGGACGACAGAGGAAGUAGUCUUUAGCUUGUGUGUGUGUGUGUGUGUUUGUGACAGACGAGGCCCGAUCUUCUUCUUCUCCUCAUGAGGCUCAUUUAGAAACCAACUCAUCUUCAGGAAACUGUUGGCUUAAGGAGUCAGGACAAUACCCCUCCACUUCCAGCCCACCACCGCCGCCACCAUGCUGCAGCAGAUUUUAAAGGACAUGUACAUUGACCCAGAUGUGUUGGAGGCCCUAAAUGAGGACCAGAAGAAGACCCUGUUCCUGAAGAUGAGAGAGGAGCAGGUGCGGCGCUGGACAGAACGUGAGGAGAAAGAAGCGGACCACAGGCCAAAGUCAAAGACAGCCAACAGUAAAAAAGUGAGCUGGUUGCUGGGCAGGGACGGAGAUGUGGCGGUCAUGACGAUUGGAGAGCUGGACGAGCUGAAGACCUCCAAACUCAUCUGCACUGGGCCUGAGGAAAGAAGAGCACCACCAAGCCUGCAAAAUAACACAGUGUACGGACACCCCAGCACCACAAGCAGGGGUUUUACCUACAGCCACCAGACAACCUCCCUGAAGAGCAACCUGGUAAACAGACCAGCCUCAGAUCCUGUCAGAACUCGGAGAGAGGAUCUGCCUCCCAAAACACAGUCAGGGAUACAACUCAAUUUAAAGGAGAACAGUGAGGAAGUGAGGACAUUGCCCCCUCUACCGGUAUGUUUGUGUACUGCACGUUACUGUCUGUGUCGUGGCUCUCUCUGUAAUGCCUGUGUUUGUGUGUUCAACCCACAGGUGGCAGUGAGUGAGCAGCAGCCACCUGCAGCAGUGGAAAAACAGGCUGAGUUGGAGCAGGAUGUAGAAGUAGAUGGUCCACAGGAAAAUCCAGUCCUCCUGGCCUACAGACCUCACCCCAGAGCUGGCCCUUCCAACCUGAGGCUGGGUACCACACUGUCCUCUAUCCCCAAGACCAUCACACCGUCCUCUGUACCAAGCUCCACUCCAUCCCCUGUCCCCACUGUCACACCGCCUCAUGUCCCCACUGUCACACCGUCUCAUGUCCCCAAGACCAUAACCCCUGUCCCUACCAUCACACCAUUUUCUGUCCCCAAAACCAUCACACCGUCUGCUUUCCAUAGCAUCAUAACACCAUCCACUGUAACCAACAGUAUCAUACCGUCUCCUGUCCCCAGCAGCAGUGUCAUACUGUCUCCUGUCCCCAGCAGCAGUGUCAUACUGCCUCCUGUCCCCAGCAGUAAUGCCAUCAGAGAUGCUCUAGAAAAGAGCACUGCCAAAUCACACACUUCAGAGAAGACCGUCACACUGUCCCCUGUCCCUAGUCCCAUCACACUGUCCCUUGUCCCUAGCCCCAUCACACUGUCCUCUGUCCCAAGCAGUGUCAAAACGUCCCCUGUCCCCAGUGUCUCACCCUCCCCUGUCCCCAGUGUCUCACCCUCCCCUGUCCCCAGUGUCUCACCCUCCCCUGUCCCCAGUGUCUCACCCUCCCCUGUCCCCAGUGUCUCACCCUCCCCUGUCCCCAGUACCACUCGAACCCCUGUCCCCAGUACCACUCGGUCCCCUGUCCCUAGCAUCUAUACACCGUCCCCUUUCCACAGGACCAUCACUCCAUCCCCUGUGGCUAGCAGCACGGCCAUAAGAGAAGCUCUGAAGAAGAGCACCGCCAAAACACAUGCUGCAGAGAAGACCACCGUCACACCGCUGUCCGUUUCAACCAGACUCCACCCCCAGGAGACGCCCAGCAGCAGAGAUAUCUGUGUGAUGGCAGCCUCUCGCAGAACCAUGUCUGAGGAUGUGGUGUCUGAUGGGGGCGGGGACACCUGUACAGGGCGUGGCCGGGUGGCUCAGCUCAUGAAGACCUUCAGUGUGACAUGCCCCACCCCCUCCACACAGACCCCUCGCCCCCACGGCAACAAACCCUCCAUCCCCACCAAACCCAGCCACCUGCGUCUCGUUGCCAGCCCCUCACUCAGGUAAUCCACAGGACAGGACCAGACCACCAGGCCCACCCCCUGUCCCUCAUUCCAUCCCCACCCAGGCCCCACUGGACAUUGCUGGACAUCCUGGGGCAGCCUGGGGCCUCAGCCACUGGGGACAGGCAUGCAGGCCACAAGAGUCUCUCAGGAACACAACCAAACCUUUGACUCGAUUGCUUAUACUCCAAAAGCAAUGCAAUGGUAUAGAGAUUUUAAAAUGUUUACUUUUGUUUACUUUUUAAAAAUGUUUACCAUGUUUUAUUUUAAAUUGUACAUUACUGUAAAUUCUCUCUGUGGGAAAGACGAUCCAAUAGCGUUGAUUGUAAACAGCAUCUUCCUUUGUAUCUUGCUUUUGCCUUUUUAUGUUCACAAAGUUAUUGGGUGGUUCCACUAAUUAGAGGCCUUUUGAGUAGUGUAACUACAUUUUAGAAUUUUAUUUCACCUAAUUUUAACAUUCGGGUAAUGUUCAACUGAAUAUAAAACAUGUCUUCCCAUCUCAAGAGGUAAAAGAAAA